UGUUAAAAUAAAUCAAUAAAGUAAACAUUACUAUAUAAUCCUUAAUAAUACAGAGAGAAAGCUCAACGCAACAUCUCUCAAUUUUGUAAGAAUACACAUUCUUAUUCUUUAAUGAAGGAAGAACAGAGUGGAACUUCGUACCUCGCGGAAACUGAUGAAAAUGUCGAUGGUGAUAAGCCCAAGCCUAACGUAAAGAGCAGAUAAAAGAGUACCAUUAGUGUGUUAGAUGAUAUGAGUUUAGAGAGAUCACAGACAUCCAAACGCAAAAGAUUACACAUGGAUUCAGAAGCCUGCUUGGAUCAUGUUAAUACGGACAAGGGAGCAUUACCCUUGUCCAGUCCCCAUUUGGUUUCCCAAAAGGGAGCCAACAUAGAUGUGAGUAGAGGAUUGCACCCUGUAGUUCGAAACAGAAAACGUAAAUUUGAAAGUUUUCAUGAAGAAGACCUUACAAAUGAUAAAUCCAAUAGUAACAAAAAAGAAAUAAUGCAAUUCAAUACUGUUACUGUUAAUUCCUCCCAAGGUUUUGUGUCUGCAUCAAAAAUGUAUGAUAUAAAUCAUAAAAAAAAUGUUCAGUCUGUAGUCAAGCCAAAGAACAAUUUAGAUAUGUUUCUUCAAAGAUCUCAGUCUGAAAAGAAAGGAAAAAUCAAACAAAUACCAAAUCAAGGCAGUUUAAGAAGUUUUGUGUCUUCUAGCACUCCAUCAGCACCAUCAUGUUCACACCAGCCUUCAAAAAAAAUUAAAGAAGAAACAUUAGUUAAUGGUCAAGAAUCUCCUUCAAGGACUGUGAUGUACUCGCCAAUUAAGAAACUCUCACCAAAAGAUAGCAUGUCAUGCAUAUAUAUCAGUGAUGACAGUCCCUGCUCAUCACAGGAGUUUAGUAGCCAGAAAUCAAACAUGUCUGAAAAUCCUGUGAUCAAACAGUUGUUUCAAGCAGCUAAAGACUUUGAUCCAAAGCUUAAAACUAAAGGCAAGAAAUCUAAACCAGUCAGCUCUCCAUUUUUAAAUGCAUCUAAAAGUGAAGGUGCGAAAUAUUUUGAAAGUGAUAGUUUUGACAUUAACACUGCAUUUGAUUCAGAUAUGGAUGAUAGUUCUUCUGUAGACAGUAAGAAUAGUAUUUCUGAAAGCAAAAGAAAGAAAACUGAGUCUGAUACAUAUGGACUUCUUGGGACAGGAUCAUAUCCUAAAGAAGAAAAGAUAAAUUACUUUGAGAGACUUCCUCCUGAAGUUCUUGAAAAUAUUUUUUGUCAACUACCCUUACUAGACUUGUGCUUGAACAGUAACAGGGUGUGUCUGCAAUGGAAUGAUAUUAUUUCAGAUAAAAAGUUUGUACCAUGGAAGAAGUUGUAUCAUAAAUUGAAGUCUGAAGAUGAAGCCAGCAAAGAAUUUAUUCAGAGUACAAUGAAUAAGCAUGAGAUGAAGCAUCCUCCUAUGUAUUUGUUGUCUUUAAUCAGGUAUAUGAAAACUUUUAAGCCAAUCACAGCUGGGAAUAUGUUACAGUGCCUUCAGAAGCAUAAGAAGUACUGUUGGGCCAAAGAUCUCAUAGAUGAAAGAUUGCAGGACUGCAAAUCUCAUGAAGAACCAAAUCCAUGGUCUGUGAUAACCAUACUAGUUCUGGUGGCUCACAAUGUGUAUGAUAUACAAGAGAUUAUACAAUGUCUUUCCGUCAGUUCGUCUCAGUGUACGUCCAAGGAAAUCAUUGAAUGCCUGUAUUGCAUUGCAACGUUCUUGUUUGCUUUUAAAUUGGCAAAACCCUGUGAUGUCUGGAAUGGAAUGCAUUACAGAUUAUUCUAUGCUAUAUACUUGUUUGAGAAUGCCUCGUCAUCAAGUUGCGCUGAUCUUCAUUCCAUAAUGUCUGAGAGCAAGGGAGGUCAACAGUCUUUGGUUAAAUACAGCUCCGGAACAGACAGUGUCAGACUUACACAUGAGCAGUUGCGAAUUGUAAAAUACCCUGCAGGCAAAUACGAAAUCAUCAAAAUUGUAGCAUUUGCAGGAACAGGGAAAACAACAACUUUAGUGAGGUACACACAACUUAGACCUGACAAAAAAUUUCUUCUUGUAGUCUAUAACAAGUCAGUCUGUGAAUAUGCAAAAACAAAGUUCCCUAGAAAUGUUGAAUGCAGGACUGGACAUUCUCUCGCUUUCCAGAGCUUUGGCAGAAGGUAUCGGCACAAACUUUUCCAGCUAAAAGUUUAUACACUAACACAAACACUACAAGCCAGGAAGGGAGAGAACCUGUUUCUGCAGGCCAAAUUCACCAUGACAACCAUUGAAAACUUCCUAGCAUCGGACGAUGCUACUAUAGAUAUUCAUCAUGUCCCAGAUACUCGAUUUAACGAGAAAACAGGUUUUAAGGAGACCAUAGAUCUACCUACAAAAAGGUUAUAUGUGAGGGAUGCCUUGUUCAUUUGGCAGAAAAUGCAAGACCCGAAUGAUAAGAAAAUUGGUAUGACACAUGACGGCUAUUUGAAACUGUACCAGUUAUCUCAACCAGUACUGAAAGGGUAUGACUGUUUACUAAUAGAUGAAGCCCAGGAUCUCACACCAGCUAUAACAGAUAUUUUACUGCGUCAGAGACAGGGCAAGAUCCUGGUUGGAGACCCGCACCAGCAGAUCUACUCAUUCCGCGGUGCCGUUAAUGCUAUGAACCGGAUUAAUGCCGACACCAUUUUCUAUCUCACACAGUCUUUCAGAUUUGGGCCAGAGAUUGCACAGGUGGCCAUGUCCUGUCUAGAAGUACUUAAGAAAGAAAAGAAGAAGACUUUAGUUGGGAGUGGCAAAAAGAGUUGUGUGAAUGGAGAGAAAGUUGGACAGCUUGCUAUCAUUAGUAGAUGUAACUUUACAGUAUUCAGUGAGGCAGUGAAGAAAUGUUGCUAUUCAGAUCAGCAGUGCAAAGUAGCCUUUGUUGGGGGCACACAAAAUUUCGGGUUUAAAAUGCUGAUGGAAAUGUAUGCUUUAACACUGUCAGAAAAUGAAAGGCAUAAAGAAGGUUAUGAUAUUCAGAACCCUCUGAUCAAAAUGUUUAGAAAAUUUCAAGAUCUCGACAAUUUUGCUACUAAGUCUAUGGACAAUGAACUCCUUGGCAAGAUUAAGAUUGUGAAGACGUACCAUCACAACCUGCCGUCACAUAUCCGUAUGAUAGAGAGCAAAUGUGUCUCCGAUGAAAGACGAGCAGAUUUUGUGUUCAGUACGGCCCACAAAUCUAAAGGACUAGAGUUCAGCUCUGUCCGUGUGACAGAUGACUUUCUUAUGGACCCCAGCCGAGGAAUAAUGGUGGCAGGGGUUCCAGCAGACAUGCUGGAAGAUGAUGAGGAUGUGUUGGAGGACAUUUUGGGUAGAGACAUGGAUAGAGCUAUCAUGGGGAUGGGGAUGAAUGCUAGAGCAUCAAAUAAUGACGCAGACAAAAAGGAUGACGAAGAAAACUUAUUGUAUGUGGCUGUAACAAGGGCAAAAAAUGCUCUACAGAUGUCACCAACUCUUCUGUCUGUCAUCAAAAGAGCUGGGGAAGAUUUUCAGUUUCCUGUAUAUAGUAAGGACCUGAAGGACUCUGGUAAGGCAUUCAGAUGCAGUAAGACUGAUGCUGAGUUCACGCCAUAUUGUUUAACGUUGGAGAAGAAAACAAUCGUUUUGGGUGAUAGUCAACAGAAAGCAGGUGGAUUGUAUAGCCCAGCCUUUUUAACAGAAGAUUUCCACAGUUUUGCCUCUCUUCUUGGAUUGACAAGUAAAAAACUAAUUGAAGAAAAAAAGAAAGAAAAUGCUUCUGUGGAACCAGCCUAUAAAAAAAUUUUGAUGCACCGACUGAUAGUGUAA